AUGAGCGAGACUAAGGAUAUGGUUGUUAUACUCACCGGUGCUUCGAGGGGAAUCGGCCUUUCAACAGCACACCACCUCCUCUCCACAAACCUCACCACCAAACUCCUCAUCACCGCACGCACCCUCGCGCCCCUCGCCGCCCUGCAAGCGCAAUACGGCGCCGCGCGCGUCGAAGUACUCGCCGGCGACGCCGCGGACUUUAGUCUAGCGGGGGAGGCGGUGGAGCGGGUGUUGCGGCGGUGGGGUAGGCUGGACGCGCUGGUUGUGAAUCAUGGGGGCUUGGAGCCUGUGCGGAAGGUGGGGGAGAGUUCGGUGGAGGAGUGGCGGGCCGCAUUUGAUCGGAAUGUAUUUGGGGGCCUUUCUUUUAUCCAAGCCGCCCUCCCCGCUCUCCGCACCUCCCACGGCCGCAUAAUCCUCAUCUCCUCGGGCGCCGCAACAACCGCCUACCAAGGCUGGGCCGCCUACGGCGCCGGCAAAGCCGUCCUCAACCACCUCGCCCUCAGCCUCGCCGUCGAAGAGCCUCUGGUAACGAGCAUAGCGCUGCGACCGGGCGUCGUGGACACGGAGAUGCAGCGCGAGAUUCGCGAGGUGCAUGCGGCGCAGAUGAGCGAGGGGGAUAGGGGGAAGUUUUUGGGGCUCAAGGAGGGGGGGAAGUUGGUGAGGCCGGAGCGGGUUGGGGCGGUUGUGGGGAGUUUAGCGGUGGGGGUGGGGAGGGAGUUGAGUGGGCGGUUUUUGAGUUGGGAUGAUGAGGUUUUGGCGGGGUUUCAGGGGGAGGAGGGGUCUGGGUGA